CUUAUUUUACCUCCCAAUUAUCCAGUUCGGUGCCUGAGCUUCCAUCCAGUCGCUACUACGAGGUACAAAGCGGUCAUCGUGCGUAGCAUGCACUGACCAGCAAUAUCGCCCCGCCCCCCGGGUCUCAUGUCGCGUUUAGUACCUCGCCACCAGACUUCCACCAAUCAACCUUUCUUCGUAUUAUCAUGGGUUCUGUGUGGUAUCGCGUUGGUUCUGCUAAUCGGGCGAUGUUAUGCAGCCUGGAAACUUCUAGGGAGACACCGGGCAGAUCUCUAUCUGGCAAUCACCACAUUUGCGAUAGGAGUGGCUAGUAUGGUGAUGCUCACUCUGGGCACUGCGCAAGGGUUAGGACAGCACAUGUCCAACUUGGCACCUAGACAAGCUUAUCUAGCAAUUAUGUACGGCUGGAUCAACCUCGCGCUGGCUCUGAUCGCGAUCGGACUCGGCAAAAUCGCAGUAGUUGGGUUUAUCAUAAGUAUACAAGGCUACUCUGUGUAUGAUCCGUGGAGAUCUGUCUUCCUCUGGUUCCUUGUUGGAACCACUAUGGUUGUUAACACUAUCGAGGUCGUCCUGUUCUUCACGCAAUGCCGGCCAAUCCAGAAGCUGUUCGACGUCAGCCAACAAGUAGAUGUUUGUCCCGGAACCAUCAUUGUUGAAAAGUUUGGGAUUUUUCAAACAUCAUGGUCCGGAUUCUGUGACUUCACCCUUGCCUUAUACCCUGCCGUGCUCUUCUGGAAUGUUCAUGCGCUCUCCAGACUUAAAAGGCUCGGCAUCUCUCUAUUGUUUGGACUCGGUGUUACUGCCACAGUUCUUGCAGCGCUGAAGGGGUGGAAGAUACCUUUGAUUCUCAAUAUAACAGAUGCAACAUGUGAGCUUUCUUCGCAAAUUGCCAUCGGGACGACCAGAACCGAGAUGUGGAUCGUUCUUAUUGUUGGCUGUCUUGCGCCGACAAUGCCGUUAUUCAGGGUCCUAUCCCAGAAGACUUCUGUACUAUUCCAUGUUUUCAGGGCACAACUGAAAACCCAUAUUCAUUCUUCGAAUACCUAA